CUCUUCUUCUUGUUCUCAUUACAUAUCAAUCAACCCUAAAAAAAAAAAAAAGCUUAUCUUAAAAAUCCUAUAAGUAGAUCUCUCUAAUCUCUUUUCUACUAUUUAUAUAGACUCCUUUGUUGUAGCCUACUUCUUGCAUAUUAACCUAAGUGAAACAUAUAUAGUGAUAGAGAGAGAUAUAGCUAAAGAUUAGCUAUUUGGGGUUUUAAUUAUAUUCCUAGCUAGAGAGUAUUGAUCGGAGACACAUACAAAAAAAAUGGCGGGAGGAAUAGGGUUGGGAGAUACGACGUACACGAAGGUGUUUGUGGGAGGACUAGCUUGGGAGACGCAGAAGGAGACGCUCAAGAAACACUUUGAGCAGUUUGGGGAGAUUUUGGAAGCCGUAGUCAUUACCGACAAGUCCUCCGGCAGAUCCAAGGGUUAUGGAUUCGUGACAUUUAGGGAGGCGGAGGCGGCGAGGAGAGCUUGUGUGGAUGCUACUCCGGUGAUCGACGGGAGAAGAGCUAAUUGCAAUCUUGCCUCUCUUGGUCUUCAAAGAUCCAAACCCUCCACUCCUAACCAUGGAGGAGGAGGCAGGAUUAACAAUAUGAGAGUGAUGAUGGGAACAAUGCAGACUGGUUUUGGACCACCUCCACCUCCACCACCACCACCACCAACCUUCCCUCAUUAUCCCCACCUCCCUCUCAAUCUCUUUGGGUACUCUCCAUACUCGCCAGAUUACUCAUCAUUCCCUACGAGCUUAUACGGUGUGUACGGCUGUAAUUCAGGAGGGCAAUAUGGAGUAUACGGAAAUGGUGGAGGCGGUGGACUAACGGCAGCAGCCGCAUCCGCUGCUCCUUUUUAUCCUUGCGGUGGUGGCAGUGGUGGAGUCCACUUCUCUCAGCCACAACCAUUUUAUCAUCACUUGUCUUCUUAUAACCCUCACCAUUACUCUCCUCCGACCAUCUCUAUGCAACAAGUGUGUUUUGCUGUGCCACAGGUGUAACAGGCUUUCCCCUUCAGCCACCUCUCAUUCCUUACCGUUAAUGAAGCUUAGAGUCUUUGGUAGCUAUCAAGCUUCACAUCAUCAUAAUUAUCUUCUUCUCAAGUCAAGAGCCAAUCUAUGGUUUACUGGAUGCUCUCUGGCUAAUCUCAACACUUUUUUUUCUCCCCCUCUGCUCUAAAAGCCACCCCAUUUUAUGGAAUUUGAGGUGGUUUUUUAUUUGCAGACCCCAAUGGGAUCUCCAAUUUUAGAUGGUGGUCAUGUCGUAUCUCACCUUCUUGCAACUGCAUCUUCUCGAGAGAAUGGAUUUCUCUUUAGAAAUAUUGCUAAUGGAGCAUCAUCAUCAAUCAAUCAUGUGCCAUACUCAAGCUGAUGCAUGUAUCAGCUUAAUUUGUUAUGUUGUUUAGCCUCGGGAUGGCUAAUCAACAAGACAAAACAAAAUGUCUGUUAGGAUUAAUGUAAAAAAAAAUCAAGCACCAAAACCAUGUGCUGUUUGAAAGUCUGAAAAAAUGAUUGCAUAUGAAGCAAAAUGAUCAGCACAAAAACCCUGCAAGCCUUUUUGUUGCAUCAUCAUGUUAGUUAGUCUUAGUAGCUUAGGUCCUCACGUAUCAGAUUUAUAUUUCUUAAAUAAAUUGCAUUAUUGAA